AUGGAUCAUUAUCAAAAAGCCGGUCAAUCUUGUUCUUCAACAAAAGUCGAAAGAAAAAUUGUUGAGAAAAAUAGGAGAAAUAAGAUGAAGACUCUUUGUUCCAAACUCAACUCUCUUUGCCCUAACUAUAAUCCCAAGGAAGCUUUACCAUUACUUGAACAAGUAGACAAUGCUAUAAACUACAUAAAGAGCUUAGAGGCAAAUUUGAAAUCGGCCAAGGAGAAGAAAGAAAGUUUAAUGAGAAACAAGAGAUCACAUAGUGGCUGUUCGAGUUCUUGUGGUGUAAAAGGAAGCAUAAAAUCACCAAAAAUAGAGAUUCAUGAAAAUGGUUCUUCUCUACAAGUUAUUGUAACAUGUGGGGUUGAUGAUAAAUUCAUUUUCUAUGAAAUUAUAAGAAUUUUGCAUGAAGAUCACGUGGAGGUUAUCUCUGCAAAUUCUUCAAUAGCUGGAGAUUUAGUUAUUCAUGUUGUGCAUGCAGAGAAUUCGCAAUUGUUGUUUCAAUUUGGAGCGACCAAAGUAGGCGAGAGGCUGAAAAGGUUUUUGAAUGGAUCUGAGGGAGAAGUGCAAAUAGAGCCUCAAUUAUGGGAUUCUGAAGUUGGAACAGAGACUUGGGAUCUAAAUUCUAUAGUAAACAAGUUUUUACCAAAUACUUUAUGA